AUGGCUUACAACGUGAUAGUUGGACGUCCUAGGAUUCACGCCAUAAAAGCAGUACCAUCAACAUAUCAUCACAUGGUCAAAUUUCUAAUGCCGUGGGGCAUCGAAAAAGUUCGUGGAGAGCAAAGAAUUUCCAGAGACUGUUACGCCGUAGCGAUAAAGAAAGGUGUACCAAAGGUAGAACCUUUCGAACCGGAAAGAGAAGGUAAAAAGGAUAAACAAGUCUACCAAAUACUGCAUCAAACGGAAUCAAACAUCGACGAUGUCGAAAGAGACAAUAUACAAGAUCCUUUAACAAAGGAACAAUCAACGGCGGUAGUUGAGGAUCUCGACCCAAUGUCAUUUGAUGACACAUCCCCAAAAAAGCGUAAAUUCGUCAGAUGCAAACUGCACCAACCGAGAAUAGCACCGGAGGUAGAAACACACAAAUUGCACAUUGAUCCUUAUCACAGACCUGUGAGACAACCUCGAAGAAGAUUCCCUGACGAUAGAAGUAGAUUUAUAGAGGAAGAGGCACAAAGAUUAUUAGACGCCGGAUCUAUAAGACCAUUAGAGCAUACGGAGUGGGUAUCGAAUGUAGUAGUAGUGCCAAAGAAAAAUGGAAAGAUGCGAAUGUGUGUAGAUUUAACAGAUCUAAACAAAGCAUGUCCAAAAGAUCCUUUUCCACUUCCUUAUAUAGAUCAAAUGGUAGACGCAACAGCCGGCCAUGAAUUGUUGAGUUUCCUUGAUGCUUAUUUAGGAUACCAUCAAAUCAAGAUGAACCCUGCAGAUCAAACAAAAACAAUAUAG